CCGACAGUGAAGAGUUGGCGGCCCGACGGCCUAUUCUCUGGAGGGGAACAGUCAUUGGGGUAGACUCCGUGUGGUCCGGACAUGGCGCCGACGAACGAUAAGCCUAGCGACCUGGAGCAGAGGGUGUCGACAAGGACUUCGGUACGGAUAUCCCUGGGGUCCCUGGAUGAAGACUAUGAGCUCGCCGCCGGGGGCAUGGUCGCCGAUGGGUUUCGGCCAACGUAUGCAACGAACGGGACGGAACCAUCUACACCCUCCCUCGCCUCGGGCUCAUCCACCAUCGUUGGCGAGGACAGCCCGGGGCCAACGUCGCGGGCCGCCCAACGCCCGAGUACGCCCAAAUUCCAGCUAGUUCUGAACUCGUCGUCGCGCCAGGAGCAUACAAGAUUGACGCGGCAAGCGACAAACUCGACCGAGUCGACCGUGUACCACCCCUCCGACAGCCCAUACCAAGGGCCGUCCGCGCCAUCGCAUCCCUACCAGAUGUAUCCGCAGAAUGUGAGGCUCGCGCGAACAUUGAGCACGACAACGACAAUAACGACAACAGCCUCGGUUUCAUCGUAUAGCGGGCCGAGAGGCCCGAGCCAUCCAUACAGCCUCUACCCCCAAACUGACGGUAUCGAGUCAUCUGCGACUCCGGCACCGCCGAUCCCGCUUGGCUUCCACGGCCUCCCCGAUCAGUACCAGCGACGGAUUGGACCCGAGGGAGAAGAUGUUGCCGACAUCAUUGGCCCCGAUGGUCAUACGGAACAGCUACCCCCAUACACCAGGUACCCGGACGAGGCAUACCUCCGCAAGGCCGCUGCGGUGGAGGGCAUCCCUGAUGUUGUGCGUGGAGUGGCCACGCCCCUUUCUGCCGUCGUCACCGCACCUGCAUCCGCCGCUCUCACUAUCCCUGGGGCUGGAGGCAUUGGAUUGGCCACCAGGAAUCCGGAGUUUGAAUCGACAGAGGAUUUCGGCUCCCCGAGGUCGCGGCACUCGACGCGUAGCUUCGCCUCUGACGAUAGCGUACGGCGACUUAACACGGAUAUUGGGGAGAUCUCGGAGAAGAGAAAGCCACUGAAGAAAUGGCAAGUCUGGAUGACUCGAAAGGCUUGUCGUGUGGUUCCCUACUGGGCCUUGUGUCUGGCGGGGACCAUGCUGCUCAUUAUGACCGUAGUAUUAGGCGUUGUGAUUGGCGUCGUUCUGGAUAAGGAUGACAGACCGCCGCGCAAGAAGCCAGAUUGGGAACCCACAUUUGACGUCUCGCCCAUCCCUACGCCACCGCCGGACCUCCAGCCCCUCCCUACGGGAACUUUCGGCAUGCCGCUCAUGACAAACCGCGUGUCGAGCACGUGCUUCCAGGAUCCCACUCUAUCGCAAGCCUGGAAGUGCAAUCAGGUCAUCUCCGGCCUCCAGUUGGCCGUUCUCAAGCACGACCGUGACUAUCUAGCCUCCCUGGACUGCAACCAUUCACUCACAUUGAUGAACAACGUGUAUGCCUACGGGCAGCAGCCUCCGCUAAUACAGAAGUCCGUUGCCCUCGAGUUGGUGGAGGACAAAUUCGAACAGCACCGCGGGCCCGCCUGGUUCAAGGUCUUAUCGUACAACAAAACCGUCAUUUUGCCAGAAGGGCUGCUCAAUGCGUCCGGCAGCUCUCAGCAGCAGGCUCGCCACGUUGCGUCUAUCAGCGCUGGGAUAUCCAACUUCAAGCGCAAAGGGGUUGCCCAGCCGGGCGAGAAGCCUUGGAUUUGCAACUGGCCAAACACCUAUCUCGAGCUGUUCAUCUUCCCCCAGCAGAACUCGAGUUACUCGAACUGGCCCAACCUGACAGAGACGUUGGCGACAUCAUCCUCCACAGAGACGCCUUCGACAUCAUCCUCAACCACGUCAUCCACGACAUCAGGCCCAAGUCCGACGCCAACCUCUAGCGAAGGGUCGUACGGUGACGACCCAUUUCCCGACGGCGGAACUGAACAAUCGGCACCUGGAGGAAUCGACACUGUGUUCGCCACCGGCUUCCCAUCCGGCGGACACAAGAACAACUGGAUCCGAGGGGCGGGGCACUCACCAGAGUCCACGUCGUCGUGGUCGUCAACGGAAUCCACCACGACGUUCACGACAUCCACGAUCACCGAGACCUCGUCCUUCACCGCUACGACGCCAGGACCCUUCGGCCCGAUCGACACGGGCGACAGCGUGCCCCUCCCCCCACCGCCGUAUCCCAAGGUUGUCAAGCUGGAGGAGCGCCGUGUGUCGACGUCCGGCGCGCCCAUGGCGCAGUGCACGCAGGUGGAGAUCCAGGGUCCGGGCCAAGAGGCCAGGAUCGUGCGUCAUCACGAUGGGAGGCCCGUGGUCGUUGACCUGGUUGAGACAGAUACAUUCAUGCCGGGGCCGCUGCCGUCGACUAAGGACCUCACUAAGCGGUCCUCGUCCUCGUCGUCGUUCGCCGUUGAAGAGGAGAGGCUACAGGGGAUGGUUCUUCCCAGAGGAGGUGGCGGAGCACCUGUGCCGGAUAUCACUCCGUGUGGAUGCAUCUGGUAUCUGACGUAGCAUGUCAUUCUGGAGGCUUCGCUAUGUCUUCCUUUCGAAUGUGUGGGUAGUGGUUCGGGUUUCCGGAUUCGGGUAUCGGCAUCAAAAAAAAGAGUAUCGGCUGCAACCCCGUCUUAUUCGGGCUGUUUCGGAGUUAGGGGAGGUACUAUAUCCAUGAGAUCUUUGCACUUUUGGUGUGGCGUUUUGGGGGAUCAGAUAUAGGCCUGGGCGCAGGAGCAAUGGAGGAGGCUAUUAGUACCUAC